GAGAGAACAAUCUACCCUGUGCAGUUCCUGUGAGCUUUUCUGCUGGAGGCUCUGAAAAAGCAAACGUGAGAUGUUAUCUGAAAGCGGAGCUGUGUGAGCCCACUGAACCUAACAAUGCUGCUCUCUCAUGGAUGUAUGAACAAGACAGUGUGGAAGAUACCAGCGUCAGGAAAUCUCUUGAUGGCUUCUACAAAAUGUAUUGCAAAAAACGGCCAGACAGAAUGGAUCCCACCUACGAGGCUGCAUCACGAUGUCUGUCGCAGAAGGUUUCAGAGCUAGCAAACCGGGAUGGAACAAAAUAUGCAUUGCGUUGCCUGCAAAUGGCCCAGGUGGUCUUGAACAGAGAUGGGUGUAAGAUCUUUCCAAACCACCCCACUGCUGCUUGCUUUUCAAAGCCAGCUGAGGGAGAAGUUGUCUUGGAAGACAGAAAGAGAACACCCGGACUUUCAGAUGACAUCCUGCAAUUCCUCUUGAAACAAACAUGGACAGAACAUAGCCCUGACAUGCCACAUGAGAAGUGA